AUGUCAGAUGUUAUACCAGAAGGUGAUUAUGAGAAGGGUAAAAAAGUAUUCAAACAGAGAUGUCUCCAGUGCCACGUAGUUGACUCAAUGGCUGCAAAGACGGGACCGACUCUUCAUGGAAUUAUUGGCCGCAAAUCGGGAACUGUGCCUGGUUAUGAUUACACUACUGCAAACAAAAAUAAGGGUGUUAUAUGGACUCGUGAAACUUUAUUUGAAUAUUUGUUAAAUCCAAAGAAAUAUAUCCCUGGUACAAAAAUGGUUUUCGCCGGUUUGAAGAAACCCGAAGAACGUGCAGAUUUAAUCAAAUAUUUAGAAGUGGAAUCGGCUAAGCCGUUAUAA